AUGGACGCUUUAAAGGCUGGUGCACAUAAAAUUCGCGAAGUUUUUCAGGGCAAAAAAUCUGAAGAAAAACAUGAUAAAGCAUCGGAUUCAGCAAAAGCAUCAUCUCAAGGUUCAGAUGCUACUCAUGAUGCAGCUAAAGGAGCACACAAAGAAGGUGAACAUUCAUGCAAAGCCAGUUGUGGAUCUACUGAUCGUAAACAUUAA